AUGGCCUCCAACUUUCCCCUCUCCAACGCAUCGCUACUCACGCAGCAAUUCGUCGGCAAGAAACUAGUCGACCUACCUACCCCCUCCAUCAUCCUCGACCGGCGCCUAAUCAAGGCAAACUGCACCGCCAUGCUUCAAAUCUGCAAGAAGCUGAAGGUCGGCUUCAGAGCCCACGUCAAAUCGCACAAGACGCUCGAGUUAUCUCGGCUGCAAGUCGGCGACGGACUGCCAGGCUUGGAAAACACGCCCGCGCUGUUCAUUGUUAGUACGGUCGCGGAGGCGGAGAACUUGGUCGAGUAUGUCAAGGAGCAGCAGGAGAAGGGAAGGGAGAGCAGUAUCCUAUAUGGUGUGCCUGUUCCCCAGGGCGCUGUGCCAAGACUCAUUGCGCUGGCGAAUGUGCUGAAGUCGGAGAGCAUCAACAUUAUCAUUGAUAACGCCGAUGCUUUCUCACUAUUCCAUGAUGCGCUGACGGCACACCCGGAUUUCCAGUCUGAGAAGAAGAUUGGUGUCUUUGUUAAGAUAGACACUGGGUAUCGUCGCGCUGGCAUUGCAACAUCGAGUCCCAAGUUCAAGCCACUGGUUGGUACUGUGCUAGCAAAAGAUGGCAGCAAAGGCGGCGAAGGAGCGGUUGUGCUUCACGGCUUCUACAGCCACUUUGGACACUCGUACGCUGGUAACAGCGAGGAUGACGCCGCGUCAGGGCUGAUUGAUGAGCUUCUCGGGCUGGAAGAAGCCACUCACGCGGUCCCAGAGAAUGCGCGCAAGGGGCUGGUACUGAGUAUUGGAGCGACGCCGACCGCGACCGCGGCCCAGAACAUGCUCUCCUCGUCUUCUCCCAGAGUGGAAGAGUUCCACGUUACAUUGUCAAGAUUGAAAGAGCAAUUUGCUGUAGAACUGCACGCUGGUGUGUACCCUCUGCUGGACUGCCAGCAGGUUGCUACACACGCUCGACCGGCUAAGGGUGCGGCGAUAGAGGGAUUCCAGCCGCUCAAUAAGGACUCUAUCGCGAUCCGCAUGCUUGUUGAAGUCACAUCCGUCUACACCGAGCGUGAGACGCCUGAGGCCUUGGUAUCGGCGGGCAGCUUGGCGAUGGGCAGAGAGCCGUGUAAGAGCUAUUCCGGGUGGGGCAUCGUUACCGGAUCGAUGGGCAAUUCAAAGACAUCCUCAGUAUACGAUGAGCGUGGGGAGAAGGCAGGAUGGAUCGUAGGACGGAUCAGUCAGGAGCACGGUAUUCUAACUUGGCAAGGUGACAAAAGCAAGUGCAACGAGCUAACAAUCGGGGACAAGGUCGAAAUCUGGCCGAACCAUGCCUGCGUUGCGGGUGCUGGGUUCGGAUGGUACCUCGUCGUGGAUUCGGAGCGAGGAUGUGACGAAGUCGUUGACGUAUGGCCGAGGUGGCGGGGUUGGUAG